AAUAUUAUCAGUCUUAAUUAAAGCUUGUUUUGACUUUGACUUUGGUUCCCCUUUGCACGCCUCUUCAGAAACGAAAUUUUCGGGGUCGGCUGCUUUUUCCAUCCAUCAUACAUUCCUGGGCUGGGAUUGCUAGAUAAUCCAAGUUUUAGCCAUGAGUUUAUUACUUAGAUCUUCAAGAGUACUAAGGCGAGUGGCAUCACUGAAUCCAUCUGCUUCAUAUGGCUCUCACGCACCUGCCCACCAUGACGAGUGGAAAGCAAUCGGCAACCGUGAGGUCGUUGGCUAUGGAAUCAACGGUGGGGAGAACUACGCUGACAGACAAGACUACCCAUGCCCAGCGAUCAGAUUCAAGGCCCCUACUCCUGAUGUUCAGGCCUUGAGAGAGAAGGAAAAGGGAGAUUGGAAAAAGUUGACAAUUGCAGAAAAGAAGGCACUAUACAGAGCCAGUUUCUGCCAGACAUUUGCUGAGAUGGAAGCACCGACGGGAGAAUGGAAGUCCAUCAUAGGCUGCACUUUCGGCUUUAUUGGACUGGCCCUGUGGAUCUUCAUGGGAAUGAAGAUGUUUGUGUACGGUCCUCUUCCUGAGACAUUCUCUGAGGAGAGACAGCAAGCUCAGUUGCAGAGGAUGAUUGACAUGGCUGUCAACCCUAUUGAAGGUCUGGCGUCCAAGUGGGACUACGAGAAGAACGACUGGAAGAAGUAAACUCUCAGGAUGUAUAGUUAGUAACAUGUCACCGUCAUGACCUGUUGUUUAUUAAAGUAAACUCGCUAACUUAAAGUAUUUAUAUUUUUUAUGAAUCCCGUACGGAGUGGUUUCUUCGAGAAAUCAACCUACAAACCUUGGUUUUGUGCUUAUUUGAUGUUCUGUGAUAGUGAUACAUGUACAUAAUCAUGGAGGAAAUAAUUAAAGUUAUUAAGUUGAA